AUGGGAAGUGAAAAAGUGAGACCAUCUGCUCUCGCAGUGCAAGGAUUGGCGACUCUGUCAAUCGCGUAUCUGACAACAUUGACUGGUUUUAUAUACGCAUGGCCGUCCUACACGCUCGACAUGUUCAGGUCGAAUGGCACCGUGCUCUCUACGCCAAUGACUCCCACUGAGAUAUCUCUCCUCGGCAGUCUGACAAACGUCGGUGGUCUCGUGGCGACCCCGUUCUGCGGAUACGCCGUGAACAAGUUCGGCAGGAAGUACGCUGCAAUUCUAUACGGAUUGCCAUACGUUAUCUCAUGGGCCAUAAUAUCCGUCACAAGAUGGCCUGCGCUGGUCAUAGCUGCAGUGGGGAUAGGCGGCUUUGGAGCUGCUGGGCAGGCGGUCUCCUCUGUCUACAUAUCUGAGAUAUCCCAAGACUCCAUAAGAGGGGCUUUGACUUCGACCACGGUGUCCGGUUUCUUCGCCGGACUACUGUUCUCGUACGCGAUUGGAGGUCAGCUGACGUACCAUGAAGUUGCCUAUGUGCACUUGGGGUUGUCUGUCCUGUACAUGGUCUUGCUGCUCUUUCUGGAGGAGUCACCGGUGUAUCUCGUCCAGAUUGGGAAAGAUAAGGAGGCGGCAAAGUCGAUAGCGUUCUACAGGCGCGCGUCACCGACUUCGAAGGAGGUCGAAAUAGAGAUUACGAGGAUCAAGCAGCAAAUGGACCCCAGGAUAAACGAGAUACUCCAAGGAGAAUGCGAUCCAACUGCGGCGAAAGAGCUGAUCAAGAACAAAGAGGCUAAAGUUAAACAGCGUAGCGUGUCGCAAUGGAGCUUUUUAAUGAAAUCCGAGUCUUCGAAAAGAGCGCUUGUGGCGGUACUCAUCGUGAUGUCGGUGACAAUCCUUAUGGGUUCCAUAGUUCUGCAAGUCUAUGCGGAGCCACUGUUUAAGGAGGCAGUGCCGUCGAUGCAGCCUAAUCUAUGCUCCAUCCUGUUAGCUCUAACGUACUUAAUAGCCAGCUUGGUUUGUGCCUUUAUGGUGGAUAAGUUCGGCAGAAAGUCAUUGAUGACGGUGACCUCAGUUGGGUCGGCUGUGUGCACCUUCCUGCUGGGCACGCAGCUGCAUCUCCACUGGGGUCCACACUGGAUGACGGCCUUCUUCAUCUACGCUUACUCCUUCAUUUAUAAUCUGGGAGCGGCGAUUGUACCGUUCGUGCUGACUGCCGAAGUCUUCCUCCCGGAAGUACGCGGUCUCGGCAACAGCAUGUCUAUGUCAUGCAUGUGGAUAAUGAACUUCGUGACGUUGAUCAUCUUCAACCCGCUGGUGGAACUGCUGGGACUGGGACCGGUCUUCUACGGAUUCUCCUGCAUUUGCCUCCUCGGCGCAGCCUACAGCCACUUCUGGCUCCCCGAGACCAAGGGCCUACCCGCAGACGCCAUCCAAAGACUGUUCCUAAAGGGUGGUAAAAAUGAAAUUGGCGCAAAAAUUGAAAUGAAA